UCACCGGAAGUAGGUGAGCGGCGUCGGGACGAACAUGGCGAUGGUGCUGCGAGGCUCCACGAAAUGGCUCUUCACCCGGGAACAGAUCGAAAACACGCCGUCUCGCCGCUGCGGAAUCGAACCGGACCGGGAAUUAUCUUACCGACAGCAAGCUGCCAACCUGAUCCAGGACAUGGGCCAGCGGCUUAACGUCUCCCAGCUUACAAUCAACACUGCCAUUGUCUAUAUGCACCGAUUUUAUAUGCUAAACUCCUUCACAAAGUUCCAUCGAAACAUUAUCUCUCCCACCACUCUAUUUUUAGCUGCUAAAGUGGAAGAGCAACCCCGGAAACUUGAACACGUCAUUAAAGUGGCACACGCCUGUCUUAAUCCGCAAGAACCUCCACUGGACACCAAUAGCAAUACAUACCUCCAACAAGCACAAGAGCUGGUGCUUCUAGAAACCAUAGUGCUGCAAACACUCGGCUUUGAGAUUACAAUAGAUCAUCCACACACAGAUGUGGUGAGAUGUUCCCAGCUAGUGCGAGCGAGCAAGGACUUGGCCCAGACCUCCUAUUUCAUGGCUACCAACAGUCUGCACCUGACCACGUUCUGCCUGCAGUACAGACCCACAGUGGUGGCGUGUGUGUGUAUCCACCUGGCCUGCAAGUGGUCCAACUGGGAGAUUCCCAUCUCAUCGGACGGUAAACACUGGUGGGAGUAUUUAGAUCCAACAGUCACCCUGCAGCUACUAGACCAGUUGACGCACGAAUUCCUACAGAUUUUGGAGAAGACGCCCAGCAGGUUGAAAAGGAUCAGAAACUGGCGGGCCAAUCAAGCUGCCAAAAGGUCCAAAACAGACGGUCAGUCAGUGGUGAGCUCGUUUCAGGCCCUGCCCCCAGACCAGGAAGGCCUGCUGGUUGACAGUAAGACUGAUUUGAUGGCGGGGAUGUAUCCAGAGUCCUCUGCUUUGUUUCCAUUAGACACUCUCAACGGCCUAGCCAAUCCGAGCUCCUCCUACAUCCAGGCCGACGCCCACUCAAGCUUACAGAGUGUACCAAUGAGCAACAAGCCGCAACACACGACCACCAACAAACUGAGCCUUGAAAAGUACAGGGAGAAACAAGCGGCUGAGCUGCUGCAGCGCCGCAAACACAGCCACCUGCUGCCCGAAACUGCAGCUCUGGCUUCGGCUUCAUCUUCGUCUUUAUCAGCGGUGUUGAUGUCAUCAGGAUCGUCAUCGUCGUCAUCUUCAUUGGCGCGGGUUAAAUAUGGUCAGCCUGGACAGGAAAGAGAGAUGAAGAGUGGCUCACUGAAACGGCGUCACCCUUCAUCCUCCUCUUCCUCCAUGGAAAACGGCGCAGCGAGUCAGGAGGAGCUAAAGAUGAAGAUAAAAAUGUCGGAGAGCGGCGGUAAGAGCAGACACAGCCCUCGCUCGGGUCGGGAGAAACACAGAGCUUCAAAACACGACACUGCACACUCACUCACGCACUCUCACACACACUCGCAUGCACACAGCAGCCACCAUAAAGCCCAUCGCUCCUCCAAGAGCCAUGCUGGCUCCACCUCCCUGCCUCCUGCCAGCCACGCCCAGCUGGGGAAGAUUGACAGGAGGCCAGGGGAGGGGCCAAGCACUGAGAGUGCAGCUCCUCUGCUACUCAACGGCCAGCACAUGGACUACGCAGACACGUUCAACAUGCUCGACUCGCUGCUCAAUGCACACAACAUGAACUACUAAAGUGCACAUAACCGGAUUAUUAAAAACUGCAAAAAAAAAAAAAAAUUUAGAACUGUUUUAUGUUGGGGUCAGACGGUCUGUUACUUUCAUAUUCACCUCUUAAUUUAACCAUGAUGUUCCACUGAAAAAAACAAAAAAGGAAAUGGUUGUAUGUCAGUGUAUUCACAGCUUUAAAGCUUACUGCGUGAAAACAGCCUGUGAAAUACUGUAAUGUUUUUAUAACAGCUGUAGUAAUGGAAGGACGAUUGAUAACGAGACGAAAGGAGAGUUGUAACAUGUCUGUUUGUACUAUAUACUUGAUUUUUUUUUUUAAUCAAAGGGAUAAAUUUUGAAAAGACGUCGACUGUUUAUGGGAGGUGCAGAUAACAGUUUGCUCAUUUCCCCCUCCCUCUUUUUAAAAUGCUACGUCUAAUUCUCACAACGCUCAGGUUUGGAGAUGCUUCAGUGUGUAACAUGACAUUCACGAACAUAUCGAUGUGGGACUGUUGAAAGUUGGCAAUCGUGGCUAUAGCGAACCCCUAGCAUCUCAAAUCUCCUGCUUGUACCUCCAGCAAUGGCGUGACGGCAGUCGUCCAGUUCUUUUCCAUUGCCUUAACAUUAUAAGAGGCUUUUCCUUGGUUUGUCGGCGUUCCCCUGCCCUCCUACCUCAUUAGCCCUUUAAACCGAAUCGUGGAAGUCUGAAAGCCUUGAGCGAGCUGAUUAGGUCAGUCAGGUAGGUGUGGCCACACGUAUCAUCUAAUAAGCAGAGACUGAUUUGUACAUUUCUCUGCAAAAAUCACACCAUCACGUUUAUUUAUUCGUAAAUGAGGGUCAAAGAGAGCCAUGAUUUCAGUCAGUUUAACAGAUUGUAUACAUAUGAAUUGCCCAAGGUGAGGCUUAAUCUCAUCUCAUCUCAUCAUUCUUCCUUAUUGCUUCCUCAGACAGGUAUACAUCGAGGAGGAGUUCAGUGUCCUAACGUGUGUAAACCAUCCCAGUAUAAGAGGAAUCAGGAGGCAUUACUGUUGCAUUGGGUUAUAAAGAAUAAAAGCUAAAGGUUCUCUUUUAAUACUGCAAUACAAGAUCCGUCUGGUUUUAUCCUUUAAAAAUGCUAGUCCUCCGAUUCCUGAAAGGUCCAGUAGAUCAGUGCCUCAGUGCCACACCUCCAUUUUGAGAUCUCAAGGAGAGUUUAGGGUUUUUUUCCUUCGCUGUGAAGUGCUUUUGUGUUCUCUUUAGGAUGCCGCAGUUCUCUGUAAGAGCCUGGAAUGUGAGUAAAAAUCUGGUGAUGUUGGAUGAUUAAUCUAAUAAACCACCCUGAGACA